GUUGCGCUUUAUCCGCGCAGCGUUGUUGCUCUUGAACGCGCCCUCGAAAUGAAUUCUGGGAACGUCAAGAUGGCGGGAGGUUCGAAAGGCUUUAGAACAAUAUGGCAGAAAUAAAAAAACUGUACAUAAAAACUACAGUCCGGUGAUAACCGCAGACUGUGGACUGUGUCACCACCGACAGGUCGUCAGGUAACAGCCGGUGAAGAUGAACCGAAGCCGGAGGAAGGUUGACCGUCCGCCCGCUCUGACAGCCUCCUCUCUGGAGCAACAAGCGGUCAAACACAAACCAAACCGCCUGAGCAGAAGUUCCAGACAGAGUCAACAGACAGCGGAGGAGCGCGACUCCCCCCGGAGCCAAAAGUCAGAGUUCAAGACCCCGACCAGGAUCCCGAGAUCCCGAGUCUCUGGUGGUUUCAGCGCAGAGUCUCCGCACAACGACUCCGACAUUCAGCAGGACAUCAUCUGGGACGCCACCUCUCCUUCGCCGCAGAGACUCGGUAAAAGAGGAAAGAAACAUCCUGCUGCUGGAUUUGUGGACAUCUCUGAGAUCGUCAACAGGAUCGCUCCAAAGCACGGCAGGCCGAAAGCCGCUGAGCCGACUCUGCAGCAGUGGAUCGGAGACAGCGCCAACAUUCCCUGCACGCCUGACGUCCAGGUUCCCAAACCCAAGAAGAAAUCCCCGAGGCCGAACGGAGUCGACGACCUGCUGAAGUUGGCCAAACAGUUUGACUUCAACAUGUUUCGUCAGGAUGAAGAAGAAGAAGCCGAAGACCUGCACCAGCAGAGUCAGGAGCUCCUGUCUGAGGACAUCUUGGAUUUCGAGAACGGUGAUCUGAACGACGUUUCACCUUCGCUUCCUGGAAACCGUCAACCAGCGACAGCGACAGCGGCGGCUGACACAGAUCUGGAUCAACAUAUGGAGGACGAUUUGGAUUUUCUGUUUGAUGGACCGACUCAGCACAUAAGCGGAGAUUUAAGUCAGUUUUCGUCCGCUCUGCCUUCACAAGUGAAACAUGCUCCCGCUGAGUCAUCCGAAGAGGCUUCUGGGAAACCUCGGCCACAUGUUCCCACUGUUGGCGUCGCCAUGACACACGCCAAAGGCGCGUCGGCGAACGACGAGUUCGAGGACGACUGGGAAAACGAUGACUUUCUGGACGACUCUUUAGUUUUAGAGGUGACGCAGAAUCCACAGAACUUCUCCGCUCCGAAGCACUGUUCGACCCAGAAACCAGCCAGUGAAAUGAAACAUCGUCCGCUACAUGUUCCUGCAGGUGGAGGCGUUAGACUCAGCCAAUCAGCCGCCUCUAAAGCAGAAAAGGAAAAUGUGAGAAGAACUUUUAAACUAGAAUCCAACCCUAAGUUUUCUGUGGAGAGAAUCCCCACAAACACAAACUUAAAGUGUUUCUCGGAUCAAAGCUGGAAAACAGAAGGUAAAGACUCUCAGCAGAGCCGGUUCUCUUCAGUCGAGACAGGAAAUCAACAUACUUGGCAAACAUAUUCACAGUUUCAUCAAAGGACUUCUGCUGCGACUGUAAAACACAGCACGUCUUCUUCUACUGCGUCAAAUACAGUGGCUACGAAAACGACUCAGAACUUAACAAACGGAUCGUCUCCCAGCGAGGCUCCUGCCGUCUCCGACGCCGACUUCCUGGACGACGACUUGGACUAUUUCUUCUCGUCCGACCCCGUCUGGGACGACCCAGCUGACGACGACCUGCUGUGCGAGAUGUGCGACGACCUGGAGAACCAGAUCCAGAGAGCGGAGAACGUCUCCACCAAACAGACUCACCAGAGACCAGUUCUGCAACCGUCCAACAGGAACCAACAGACGGCCAAUCAGCAGCCCGCAUCUGGGCGAGGCGGGGCUUUCUUGCAGCCACUUUCUCAAAAACAGUCAGCUCUUACCUGCGGUUCAGGUAGACCGGCGGGUAGUUUUGCCUCUGGCGUCCCUGCAGGUGCACGAGUCGACACGGUGAAGGAUUCUAUCAGAUUCACACAGUCGAAAAGUGCUUCAGGAACCACGAACAGCUCGACGUGUCCGCAGGCGAGCAGCAGGGUCCAAUCAGCUGCUGCAGCUCCGCCACCGCCCCCACCGCCGCCGCAAGGAAACAGCGGCAAACAUCAGUUCACCUUCAAGAAGCCAAACAACCCGGUUUCCACGGUGACCAACGCAGCGGCUUUCGGUAAAUGUUCAGCAGCAGAGAUCGAGCUGAAGAAGCAGCAGGCGAUGGAGAGAAGACGACAGCGACUGCAGGCCGUCCAGAACCUCCGAGCUCCGACCUGACAGAGAGACGUACUCCAGAACUCACCUGGACUCACCUGGACUCACCUGUCUGAUGAAACCAGACAGAAACAUGAGCUCCUGAGCUGCAGCUGUCUACUGUCAGCUCUGUUUGUUCUAAUAGUAACGUACAUUUAGGACGACAGUUUCAGUUUUAAAAAAUUCUGAUCUUUUUUUUUUUUUUUUUUUUUAUAAAGAGCUGAUCGACAUGUCCUCCAUAGAUAUGUUCUUGUAAAAUUAAACUGUAUAUGUGAUGUCUUUAUACUUGUGUAGAGAGUCUAUUGAUGUCUGAUUUCUUUCAGUUUUUGAAAAUGUAAAUGUAUUUUAUGUUUUUAAAGAAAUAGUGCAACGUUUUGCGGAAUAAGCUCUUUUGCUCUUUUUUUCCAUGCAUUUUUUACUUACUUUUGAUAGAAAUACUAUUGAGAUGAUGGUAAAUGUGGGAAAAUCUCAGCAUGGGAAUCUGUGUGCAUUAAAGGGGUACUCAUUAAACAUUUUUGUAUUGCACUUCCACGAAGUUGGGGGACUCGUAAAUGACAGAUUAAACCAAGAAUGGUCAAAAUUAAGGAAGCAGAGGCCAAAAUAUCCUCACUUUAAGUGCGUAGUAUUGGUCAAGCUCCAAAAACAUCCUGUAUCCUACAUUUCCCAUAAUGCAACUCAAUUGCAAACCCCACACCUCCAGCUUGUAAUGUCAGGAGCCUAGCUUAGCAUACGGACUGGAAGCAGGGGGAACGCUAGCAUGGUUCUGUUCUGGUUUCAGAAAAAAAAGUUUUACAAAUGUUGUUUGGUUUAUUUUUGACAGAGUGAGGCUAACUGUUUCCCCCGCCUCCAGUCCUUAUGCUAAGCUAGGCUAACCACAUCCUGACUCUGUACUUAACAUACAUACUUGAGUUUGAUAUCAAUCUACUCAUCUCAUUCUCAGAAAGAAAGCUAAUAAGCUAAUUUCCCAAAAUGUUGAACUAUUUACUAUAAUAAGAGAUUAUAUUUUGAAAGUUGUAAAGUAAAAUGUCUGAAGUAGCACAAACCUGUUUUGGGGGAAAUUAUUAAACACAGAAUUUUAUUUAAUCUGUCUGAAGGAAAGAAGAUUUCAUCAAAACUUUCCAAAAUAAUCAGCUGCAAACUGAAUUCACCUUCUGUCAUUUAAAAUUCACUGUCUUUGGCUCGUAUUUGUUGUUUGCAUGAAAAUGAAUCUGCCUGUGAACUAAAACUUACUCAAGUAAAUCGUUCACUGAACUCAGAAAUAACUUAAUUCAUCCGUGAUAGAUGGGUACAGACGUGGUUAGCCUAGCUUAGCACAAAGGCAGGAAGCAGGGGGAAACUGCUAGCCUAGCGCUAUCAAAAAAAGAGAACAAAUAAAGCUUCCAAAAAACUAUGAUUUAUAUGUGAUGUUAUAUUCAUUGAACAAGUGUAGGAAAAGAAAUGUAAAUGUUGUUGAGCUCUACUGUCAACUAAACCCAACUGACUACAGGAUGGAUCAGUAACUAGCUUGGUGGCUAACAAGACACAAGUCAAUCACAGACUGGGAGUUGUUGGAAGCUGUAUUUUGAAGCUAGGCUAACUUUCAUAGUCAUUCGAGUGUUUAUGCUAAGCUAGGCUAACCACUCACAGUUAACAAAGGGAUUUUCCAAAACAAUGAAGACUGUUUUAGCUGCUUUUAGUCCCUUUUCUAACCCGACUACAGUGUCUCCACUUUUUUUGUUGUUUAAUCACUUUUUUUCUGUAAAGCACUUUAUCAAACUGAUGUGAAAGUGUUUAACCAAUAAAAAUAUUGAUAUCAUUA